AUGAAUGACAUAAAUAAUUGGCGUGAGGAGGAAACGUUGGAUCUGACGAGCGACCUUAGUUCAAACGGGUCGGAUAAGAGUGAAGACGGCGGUGAGACCACAACGACCACGCUGAGGCCUGAGGACUUAUCCACUAAUUGUUCUGCAGUACUCGAACCUAAAACACCGACUGCUACUGUUUUGAACCGCUCGGGCACUUCUGCUACUUGUGGUCGCCUCUCCUUGUCUCAGCCUGUGCUUUCAGAUGCAACACCAUCUCCGGGGCAGAUGCGUCUAAAUAUGUCUGCUGGAAAUAUUUCUCGCCCUCCAAAACCACAACGUGUUCCACUUGUGAAGACGCAAGAAGAAAAUGAAGCCCUGAGACAGAAAGUGGUGGAACUAAAUGCAAAACUCAACGUCGCAACGUACCAAAUUAUGGAACUUGAGAGGUUGCUGCCUCGUGAAGUGAAAGACAUUUUAGAAGAGUACUACUCGUUACAAAACUCAAGACUCGAAGUGAUAAACGAGCGGGAGGAAUUGGCAGCAAGAAGGCGCCAACUGGAAACGGAGGCGAAACAAUCAGAGGAGAACGCAGAGAGCAAGCUUGAGACCUGUAGGACGGAACUUUGCGACAGCGAACAAAAAAGAAAGGAAUUGCAGCGACAAAAUGAGCUGCAAAAGGAACGGAUCGCUGAUUUGGAAUCUGCUUUGGCCAAAAUAGAGGAGAUUCCAACAAGUCUGGAUGCUUUGAAGGGCGAGGACAGUGACUGGACUAUUAGAUCCGAAUGUGACAUUAUCGCGAACGAGUUACGCGAACGACUUUCCGAUGCUGAGAAGGAGAAUCAACUACUUCGUCGUAAAAUCGAGGAGCAACAAAAGGAAUUGGACGAAAGAGCUACUGCUUUCACUGAUGUGACAUCACAAAGCAAGUUAAGUGUGACCACAACAACAGUCAUGCAAAAUGUUUAG